GGGAUAUCAUUGCGAAGCGGAGGCUGCAGCUAUUGCUGAAUUGUUGGACCAGAGAGCCGCCUGGGUUGGGAGGAGACGCCGCUGUUGGGGAGAAGGGGCUCCUUUGCCUGGUUGGAUCUACUCAAGGCUCCCCUGCUUCCGGGACUUCCUUCCGUGGUCGCUGACAGAGGAGAGGGGCUUUCUUCUUCUUCUGUCCGGGGUUCUUGGGCGCCGCGGAGGCUCAUGCCGGGCAGUCCGUUGUGGUGGGACUGUAUGGGGGGAGAGGGAGGACCCGGUUUUGCCGCUCGGCUCCGAGAGGACUGAGCCCCGCGAACUGAGGCGCCUUCUCCUGGGUUUCCUCGGCAAGAGCCCCGACAGUUUCGGGGUUGGCUGCGUCGCCGAUGAACUGCCUCAAAGAGCCGCUGAGCCUGGAGCGCUUGGGAGCCGGGAGCAAGCUGUGCGCGCCCUCGCCGUCCUCCUCGUCCUCCUCUUCCUCCUCGUCCUCCUCGUCCUCCUGCCACCACCACCACCCGGCCCUGGUCAUGGCUUCGUCCCUGGCUCCGGGGCAGCCGCGCUCCGCCUUGGAGUCCGGCAAACACCACCGGCUAGAGGUGCACACCAUCUCCGACACCUCCAGCCCCGAGGCCGCAGAGAAAGACAAGAGCCAGCCGAGCAAGAAUGAGGAGCCGGGCGCGGAGGAUCCGUCCAAGAAGAAGCGGCAGCGGCGGCAGCGGACGCACUUCACCAGCCAGCAGCUCCAGGAGCUGGAGGCCACUUUCCAGAGGAACCGCUACCCAGACAUGUCGACGCGGGAGGAGAUCGCCGUCUGGACCAACCUCACCGAGGCCCGAGUUCGGGUCUGGUUCAAGAACCGUCGGGCCAAGUGGCGGAAGCGGGAGCGAAAUCAGCAGGCGGAGCUGUGCAAGAACGGCUUCGGGCCGCAGUUCAACGGGCUGAUGCAGCCCUACGACGACAUGUACCCGGGCUACUCGUACAACAACUGGGCGGCCAAGGGCCUGACGUCGGCCUCGCUCUCCACCAAGAGCUUCCCCUUCUUCAACUCCAUGAACGUCAACCCGCUCUCCUCGCAGAGCAUGUUCUCGCCGCCCAACUCCAUCUCCUCCAUGAGUAUGUCUUCCAGCAUGGUGCCCUCGGCCGUGGCCGGCGUCCCGGGCUCGGGCCUCAACGGCCUCAACAACUUGAACAACCUGAGCAACCCGUCGCUCAACUCGGCCGUGCCCACGCCGGCCUGCCCCUACGCCCCGCCGACCCCUCCCUACGUUUACCGGGACACGUGUAACUCCAGCCUGGCCAGCCUGAGACUCAAGGCCAAGCAGCACUCCAGCUUCGGCUACGCCAGCGUCCAGGCGCCGGCCUCCAACCUCAGCGCCUGCCAGUAUGCGGUGGACAGGCCAGUGUGAGCUGGGGCUGUCCUGGCAUUCAGAAGAGAGGUAGACAAAAGAGACACAAAAACCAUAAAUUAAAAAAAAAGUACUGAGGAGGGUGGGGAGCGAAGAGGCCCGGUGCCACCCUGAACCAACACUGGCACUCAAGACAAUGGGGCAGCUGAGAUACCCCCCACUUUUUCACAAAGAGCAACCGGAAGAGAAACAAAACACACCAAGAAGAGAAAGGGAAGGGAGGGGUUGCAAAGGAUUUUCUCUUCGUGUUGUCGAACGCUUUCAUGGCCGGAAUCACUGGGCUGCUGUGAGUUUCCCGGGCUGAAUGGCCAUGUCCCAGAAGCAUACUCUCCUGGCCUUUUGCCCACAUCUAUGGCAGGUAUCCUCACAGGUUGUGAGGUCUGUUGGAAACUAGUCAAGUGCGGUUUAUAUAUCUGCAGAAUGUUCAGGGUGCGAGAAAGAACUUUUCUGUUUGAGGCAGGUGUGAAUGUUUCAAUUGGCCACUUUGAUUAGCAUUGAAUAGCCUUGCACCUUCAAAGUCCGGCUGCUUACUGCCUGCGGAAAUCCUUUGUUGGGAGGUGCUUCCUGUCUGAAAUUCCCCUGUUUUCUGAGUGUUGUUCUUUAUUUACUGUCCCGAUUUUAAAGGUUUUUAAUACUAGAAGCCAGAUUUUAUUCAUUUUCAUGGUUUGCUCCUUUCUGUUGAAAUUGUCCACAUGCUUGUGGCUUUCAAUGGCUUCUCUGUGUAGUCUGACAUGGUGGUUGUGAGAGUGGUCCAGCAUUUCUGUGUUCUCAAAUAAGAUGCUGUGUCCAGGUUGGUCCAUCAAGUGCUCUGCUAUGGAUGACUUCUCUGGUUGAGUUAGUCCGCAGUGCCUUUCAUGUUCCUUGAUUCAUGUCUGACUAAUGCUGCGUUUGGUGGUCCCUGUGGUCUUAUAUUUGCAGGUAGGAGUCAGCCAGACCUUGAAACUGUAAGGCAUUUCCAAUGCUAAUCAAGGUGAUUAACUGCAGCAUUCACAUUUGCCUCCCAACCAGGACCUUUCACAGGUAUAUCAACAUCCCUUGCUUAGUUUCUAAUAGACUUCACAACCUCUGAGGUUGACUGCCAUAGAUGUGGGCGAAAUGUUAGGAGAGAAUGGCCAUGCAGCCAGAAAAUUCACAGCAACCCAGAUUUUCUCUCCGGCCCUAAGUUUUUACCUUUUCCCUUCAAGUGAAUAAUCAAUAGCAACAACCGAACCAAGUAUUUCCAAAAGCUGCAAAGGACUUAGAUUAUAAAUAGAAAUAUAUAUAUAAAAACAUGGACAAAAACGUUUGACUGGAUAUGGUAUGACAUUUUAAUGUUCCUAUAAGCUUGUUAUUUUUUAUGUUUAGCAUUGUUCACACUAAAAAAAGAAGUUGGGGGGCAAAUGACGGGAAAGGAUGUAUAUAUCUAUCGAAAUGUCAAAUUAAUUUUAUAAAAGCAGUUGUUAGUAAUAUCUCCACAGUGUUUUUUCUCUCAAAGUUAGGCUUUGAAAUAAAGCAUGUUACACAAGAGAUUAGGGAUUUCUUUUAUUUUUCCUGUUUCUGUUUUUGUUUUCCGCUUGCGAGCAAGGGAAUGUAUAUACUAAAUGCGACAUUGUAUGUUUCUAACAUAUUAUUAUUAUUAUAAUUAUUAUUAUUAUUAAAAAAAGAACCCAAGUCCCAUUGUGUGAAUAUCGGUUUUAGAAUAGUACUUCUGGUGGAUGCAAUGGUGACUCUGAAACUGCAAUGUAAAACAUACCCUGUGUAUAACAUUUCGUAUAAUACUAGUGUUUUUUUUUCCUUUCCAGACAACAUUGGAAAAAAAUGUGUUUUCUUUCAUGGGAGUAAAAUAUACAGCAUA